AUUAGUUUAUAUCUAUUAUUUGCAUAUAAGUGUAUCUUUUUAUGACGUCGACUGUUCUAUCUAAUUUUCAAUAAUGAUAUCGGCCAUGAUCUGCUUACGUAAUCUUCUAGAGCUCAAGGUUGCACUUGUCGGAGCUUAAUACAACAGCUUCAUAACAAGACCAUCCCGCAUCACAACUUUACAACUACAAAAUCCAAGAUGCGGUACUCGAUUGUUGGAUCGCUACUUUACUGCGCUGCUGCCGUGCAAGCGUUUAAAGAUACAUCACCUUUCCUUCUAUUCUCAUCAUCGGAGUGAGUUACAUUUCCACCAGUCGCCUCGUCCUUGACAGUUACUAACACGAAAAUGGCAGAUUACCUUCUUCGAUACAAAUUGAGCGUCAAGGAUUAGACACCGCAUCAUCAGUCCUUCAAAAUGCCAAGAGUUUCCUUUCUACCUGCCCUUCUGAUGUCUACAUCAUUAUCCAACAAGCAGCUCUCGCCGCCUCAGACUUCUCGGCGAAAGACUCCGUUCCUCAUUUGAAAGCCGCUGUUUCAGAUUCUAGAGUUCGAGCAACAUAUAACGUUAUGGAUGUUGUUUAUGAGGGUGGUAAUCUGUCAGAGGAAUUAGCACAGCAUAUUGAAACGAAGUGCGGCAAGAAAGUUGAACGACGAAAUAACGCUGGACUUGAGUCCACUGAUGGCGCUGGAAAUGGCGUUAUUGUAUCAAACUUGAAUGCAUUGCCAGCUGCGAAAAUUGCAAGGAUUGAGGAAUUCAAUGAUCAAGGUUCGUAUAGCUACUCACAUCAUCUUCUAGGGUAUCGAAAUCUAACUCUCCACAGAUAUUAUGCUUAAUAGCGCAUUCUACGAACAUCUCUCCAGUGGUCCAGAAUACACCGUUAUCUAUACUACAUCACCCAUUGACUCUGUGCCACAAAAGGAACCAGUUGAUGUCUAUGAACCGGUUUUCGAUGCAAGCGCCCAUUUCGAUUUAAAGAGAGACUUCAGAAGUAGGGCCGACAAUUCAACGAAUUCACCAGAUCAUAGACCUCUGUUCGAGAAAUAUCAAUAUUUCACUCCUGGUAUCUUCAUGGGACUGGUUGUCGGACUCCUUCUUCUCAGUAUCCUUUCUGUAGGUUUAAACGCAGUAUCGAGUCUGCAAGUUUCAUAUGGAGCUUUCGAUAAGGAGAACGGACCAUCUGCCCAAAAGAAACAACAAUAAUUUGGUUGAGACAUGGGAAGAAGCUAGAUUGGGAUGGAAUGGUUAGGACAGGAGUUAUUGCGUAGUAAAGGUAGUGUAUGAUUUUGUAUGUAUAAAGUAUGCAUGGGUACUCAAUAAAUGGUAUGGGAUUUUUAAACUUGCCUUUUUCUGAUGACCAAAGAAUAGAGAAUGGACAGUCUUUAAUUAAUAUUACGCAUUGCUAGAUGUAGGAACAUGCGUCUGUG